CUCAAAGACAGAAUCACAACGCAUAAGGAACCAGCAAGUGUCGUCGUGUGUCCACCACCAUCAAACUUCUCCAGGGGAAGAAUAAAAUGAUCCCCAGGAAAUUUGCACCAUUUUCUGCAGUGAUAUGUUACUUGUUGGUGAUGGCAGCGGCUGAACCCCAAUGUGAAAAUGUGGAAGAUUUUGGGAGCUGCGCUGGAGACCCAAACAAUUUCUGCCCCCCGGACAUCCAAUGUGUUUGUAGAGAUGCGACCCCGUACUGCAGCUGUCCUUACUACAGGGGUCCAAACGGCAAUUACUGGUAUAUGGGUGAAAAAUGCGACCAGCUCUGGAACACGCUUGACCUGAUCCUUGUCACGGUGCUUCCCGCGGUGUCCCUGGCUUUUGUAGUCGGUGUCGUGGCACAACUCAUUCAUUACUGCAAAACAAAACCCAGCAAGAAAACACGCAGAAUUGUCUCUGGGCGAAACCCAAAGAGUUCUCAGGUUAAUAUCAAUUUAGAGAAGUUGCAGCCAUCGCAGGGGAUUCCGCAGAACGCAGUGUUCCUCGGGAACCUAGGCGAACAAAGAUUUCAGUAUUCUGAUCCAACUCCACCACAGAAUUUUCCACCAAAUACUCCUAUUUAUUUUCAAUCGGCCUCAAACCUGGGAAAUGGAGGGAUCACGCUGCCACAGCAGGGGUACAAUGUGACCAGCCGCCAGGAACGGCCACAGCAGGGGUACAAUGCGACCAGCCGCCAGGAAGCGCCACAGCAGGGGUACAAUGCGACCAGCCGCCAGGAACCGCUACAGCAGGGGUACAAUGCGAUCAACAGCCAGGAACCGCCACAGCAGGAGUACAAUGCGACCAGCCGCCAGCAACCGCCACAGCAGGGGUACAAUGCGACCAGCCGCCAGGAACCGCCCCAGCAGGGGUACAAUGCGAGCAGCCGCCAGGAACCGCCACAGCAGGGGUACAAUGUGACCAGCCGCCGGGAACCGCCCCAGCAGGGGUACAAUGCAACCAGUCGCCAGGAACCACCACAGCAGGGGUACAAUGCAACCAGUCGCCAGGAACCGCCCCAGCAGUUUAACCGCAUUCCGACCCAGCAGAACUACGACAGCCUGGAACUUCCUGACCCGGACUACGGACAGGAGGCUCCUUUUACCAGCUCAACAGACUGGUCAAGCAAACCUUUCACGUUUCGGCGUCCGCAGAUUCGAAAUGACUACAAAUAUUAAAAGGGGCCGCUGCUUCCUGCAUGUUUCUAAGACGCCCCAGUGAUAAAUAUGUAUCUUUCUUCUUGGUUCGGGGGAUGACAUAAUGUUUCCUGCUAUCUCCGAGCAGAGCAAAGGGUAAAGGCCAUUCACUAGAAGCCAGUAAUUUCUUACAAAUGAUAAAGAGGAUGCAGAAUCCGCAACUUAUACGCCUUUUAAUCAGUAAACUGUGAGUGGAGACAUCUCAUCGCGUCAACUUAAUUAUGAGGUCGGCCCUUCCUAAUGAAUAGUUAAUGGAGCAAAAUUAGAUUCUUCACGUUGGAGCAACUCACUAUUUAGUGGAUAAGCCCCUCUGUCUACCAAUCAAACAGCCUGAAUAAUGGACAACCUUGAUAAUAUAUAUACGUGGAGUGGGUCUCGUUUGUAGGCGUUCUAUUGCGAAGCACCAACCAUGAUUUACACAUUAGUCUGUAACAUAUUCUAAAGAAGCCGCAGCCAUCAGAACAAAAGAAAGAAAGGAAAUAAUGCGGUAUUACGGCCGGAGUGACACCCGGGGUCGAGGGGAUCAUUUGAGAGGUGGUGCGGAGAUGAGCCGUCCUCUUUGAGACCGCUACUGAUGUUUUGUAUAUAUAUAUGUAUAUAUAUGAGGCUUAAAUAAGAAAUUGAUAAAAGCAUCAUCACCUUCAGCAAAUUAAUACAACAAACACAAAAACAAUAAAA